AUGACAACCUUCGCCAGUUUCCAACAGUACGACCUGCUAGAUUCAGAGGGUUACGGGUCAGCCAGUAGCCCAGAGUCUAAUCCACGCAGCUGGACCCAUCAGGAGAUCUAUCCUCAACCGCCAAGGUCCAGGGGUAGCAGCUGCGGAAGCGUGAGCUCGGUCGACUGCCAGAAUCGCGAGUACCAAGAGAUCGGAGCCGCGAAUGGCAGCUUUCACGUGACAACGACUGGCUUCAAUUUCACCGAUUUCUACGAGGGUUACUACCAGGAAGGUUGCCGGAACGACCACCAAAUCGGCCAUUCGAAUAACAUGAGGAAGGAGCAGGGAAAGGCUGUCUUCAGGAUGAACGAGUGCAUGGAGAACGUUUACGAUGUACCAGGCAGGACUGAGUUCUCAGGCGAGAAUCCAACGACCAAACAGAACCCGGACAUCCCGCCAAAAAUGGAGCACCACGCGAGCAAUGUCUUUGGCAACGGCAGGUGCGACUUCGGCCAGAAUCAAGAGAGCUUCUUCGCCGCGAAGAGUUAUGGUAUCCCGAAAGGUGACAGUUUUUUGCCUAGAAAUAACGGCAAUCCUUAUGGGCAGAGGGGAGACAUCCUUUAUUUGGGCGCCACGUACAGCGUCCAGAGGAACGAAAACUACGUCCAGGGACAGCAGGGCGGCAAGUGCGAGCCGUCGAGGUUCCAGCAGAAAAACGACGAUCUCCGGCUCUCGUCGAUGGAGUAUGCCGGUCAAAAGACAAAGGAGAGCAUACAGAAGAUCAAAAAUGGUACACCGGGUAUCGAGGUGCUGAGGAAGAGGCGGUUGGCAGCAAACGCGAGAGAAAGAAGGAGGAUGAACAGUCUCAACGACGCAUUUGAUAGGCUCAGGGACGUCGUGCCUAGCCUCGGGAACGACAGAAAGCUCAGCAAGUUUGAGACUCUACAAAUGGCGCAGACAUACAUCGCAGCUCUCUACGAGCUAUUACAGAGAGAGUGA